GGAUAAAGCUGCUCUGAAUCCUAUUGGUUCUCUGCUCCGAUCGGUGGCCAAUCACAGGCCGUCAUCGUUGAUAAAGUUUUCAGGUGUAGUUUUCAGGCAGCUGGUGCGUUCAGGGGCAUCACAAUGGCGUCUCUGUCCGUCGGGUCCGGAGUGGGAUAUGUGAAAGCUCUGCUGUCGGAGACUCUGCUGAGGUCGGUAUCAUCAGUCCAGACCACCAUCUCUCGCCACGUCCUGCCCUCGGCUCAGCCCCGCUGCUUUAAAGUCUGCACCCAGAGCCGGAGGCGGCGGAGGGAUCUGGUGGCCUCCUGUCUGGACGAGCUGCUGGAGCAGGCUGCCAGGGUGUUUCUGCUGUCCUGCCAGUUCCUGACCGUGGUCCUGGAGGAGGACGGGACUGUGGUGGACUCGGAGGAGUUCUUCCAGUCUCUGCCCAGCAACACGUCGCUGAUGGUGCUGGAGAAGGGAGACAUGUGGACACAGAGCAAGAUCUUGCCGAGCUUUCGUCAGCCGAAGAAGAACGGGGUCGCUAAACUGACCUUUGACCUCUACAAGCUGCACCCUAAAGACUUCCUGUUCUGCCUCGGCAUCAAGGCCACUCUGUACGAGAUGUACACGUUCUCCUACGACUUCAGGUGCACCACGAUAAAACACACCCUCAAGUCGGUGCUGCGCUGCCUCACCUACCUGACCAGACUGACAGGUCAGCUGCUGCUCGUCACAUCCUCCUCUUUAAUGCAGUUCACCUUAGAGGAUGACUGAACGAUCCUAUCUGUCUGGAUGGAGUGGUUUUAACGUCUCUGUAUCUUCUGUUUAGAUGUUUGAACUUUGUAAAGCUGAAAACUGAUUCAAACGUUGCUGUAAAUCAAAGCUAUAAAUAAAGAUGUUUUUUAACUUCUCUA